UAAACACCGCCAAAGGAAGUGAGCUUUGACCAAGACUUGCUGCUGGCUCACAGAGGCCCCGGACUCCUGGCAAUAAAAAGAUCAAAACAGCAGCAUGUAGAACACAGAGUUCUAACCUGGACAGAGGUGUUCAAGCAGCUAUGGCCUCGUCUGACGCUCAAGGACAAAGAGUGGCCGUUAUCGGAGGUGGUUUGGUUGGAGCAUUGAAUGCAUGCUUUCUUGCAAAGAGGAAUUUUCAAGUUGAUGUGUAUGAAGCUAGAGAAGAUAUUCGAGUGGCUGAGUUUACACGUGGAAGAAGCAUUAACUUGGCCCUUUCUUAUAGAGGACGGCAGGCCUUGAAGGCCAUUGGUCUGGAAGAUCAGGUUGUCUCCAAAGGUGUGCCCAUGAGAGCGAGAAUGAUCCACUCUCUCUCAGGAAAGAAGUCUGCAAUUCCCUAUGGGAAUAAGUCUCAGUAUAUCCUUUCCAUUAGCAGAGAAAAGUUAAACAAGGAUCUACUGACUGCGGUGGAGUCCUACCCCAACGCCAAGGUGCACUUUGGCCACAAGCUGUGGAAAUGCCGUCCCGAGGAAGGGGUGGUCACCGUGCUUGGACCUGACCAAGUUCCCAGAGAUGUCACUUGUGACCUCAUUGUAGGCUGUGAUGGAGCCUAUUCAACUGUCAGAGCUCACCUCAUGAAGAAGCCUCGCUUUGAUUACAGUCAGCAAUACAUCCCUCAUGGGUACAUGGAGUUGACAAUCCCACCCAAGAAUGGGGAGUAUGCCAUGGAACCUAAUUUUCUUCAUAUCUGGCCCCGGAAUGCCUUUAUGAUGAUUGCCCUUCCCAAUAUGGACAAAUCUUUCACGUGCACCUUGUUCAUGCCCUUCGAAGAGUUUGAAAAACUCCUGACAAGUGAUGAUGUGCUGGACUUCUUCCAGAGGAACUUUCCAGAUGCUAUCCCUCUGAUGGGAGAGCAAGCCCUCAUGAGAGACUUCUUCCUGUUGCCUGCCCAGCCCAUGAUAUCAGUGAAGUGUUCCCCCUUCCACCUGAAGUCACACUGUGUGCUGAUGGGAGAUGCAGCUCAUGCCAUUGUCCCAUUUUUUGGGCAAGGAAUGAAUGCGGGCUUUGAAGACUGCUUGGUAUUUGAUGAGUUAAUGGACAAAUUCAAUAACAAUCUUAGUAUGUGCCUUCCUGAAUUCUCAAGAUUUAGGAUUCCAGAUGACCAUGCAAUUUCAGACCUGUCUAUGUACAAUUACAUAGAGAUGCGAGCACAUGUCAACUCUAGGUGGUUCCUGUUUCAAAGACUCCUGAAUAAACUUCUUCAUGCUAUUAUGCCAUCUACCUUUAUCCCUCUCUAUACCAUGGUUGCCUUCACCAGAAUAAGAUACCACGAGGCGGUGCAGCGCUGGCAUUGGCAAAAAAAGGUGAUAAACAAAGGACUCUUCGGCCUGGGAUCCCUGAUAGCCAUUGGCAGUGCCUACCUACUUGUGCAGCACAUGCCCCCGAGACCUCUGGGAUUCUUGAGAAGGCUGCCAUGGACUGGAACCACGGGAUACUGGAAUAGGAGCAUAGGUGACUUCUGGCAAGUUCCAUGGAGUCACUAGGAAAAAUUCCCCAUUUCACCAACUAAAGCAUCAAGGUUCCAGGUAGCAGAUGCUUGACUGCUCUCCAAAAUCAAGGACCAAAUGCAUGUUUCCACUGGCACAUUUAAUUCACUACUGGAAAAUAAUUGUUAGCAUAUAACCAAGUUCCAUGUAGAAAUUCUGUGUUUGUCAGCCGAACGAGAGGAGAUGCCGUUGCUGUUCUUGAGGUGUUUCCAUCCCUUUGCAUGCUUGGGCCGGGUCAAUUUAAAUUAAAAUUGCAAUAACCAA